CCCCAUUGUAUGCAACAACGACAUUGAGAAAUCGUCCUUUUCGCCACUCCUUCUCAGCCUUGCGUAAUCCACUGGCAAACCAACAUGCCUAUCGACAUUUUGGCCAUCAUCACUCCCAAGCCUGGCAAGGCGGACAGGUUGGCACAGGUUCUUACCGAAGCUGCUGCAAAUGUGAAGGACAAGGAGCCUGGCGUCCUGCGAUACCAUAUCAGCCGGGAAACCAAGGGCGAUUCGUCCGCCUUCAUUAUAUUAGAAACAUACCAGGAUAAGGCUGCACUCGAUGCACAUGGCAAGGCAGAGCACUUCCGCAACUUUGGACGCCAACUGAAGAAGGAGGAUUUGGUAGCGGGGCCUCCUAAGCUGUACUUUACAAAGCCCGUUGGCGGGUAUGUCAGCAGGUUGUAG